CAGCUGGCUGGGAUGUGCCUUUUUAAAAAAAAGAGGUUAUAUUUACAGUAUUAUUGUCCUUACCUUAUCCUAAUUGAAAACCAGUAAUUUAUAGAUUUAUUGUACAUGAAAGAAGUAUGCUUUGAAUCUCCAGAGAAGAAUCCAUGAGGUCUUGGUGGCUACCAUCUCUUCUUCUUGUUCCCAAUUGGGUGGCGAAUAACUAUUAUUUUCAUCCGGAGAUGAAGAUGAUUUUUUUGAAAUUUUGAUUGUUAUUGAUGAAGAUGAUGAUAACUGGAGAUUCUUUGAAGUAGUCGACGAUGAAUGCAUCUCUUUCAAUUGAUCAAUCUCCAGACGUGCUUUCUCCAACUCAAUUUCCAAUUUAAUUCAUUCGUAGUAUUAUAGUGAUAAUAGAAUUGCAAUAUGCUGAGGCUAAGUGAUAUGCCACAUGUGCUACAAGAGUUAUCUGAUGAAGAAACCAACCUCAGAAACUCAGAUAUAGACAGCGACAGUGAUCUUAGUGAUGGAAAUAUUGAAAACGAGUUUUUUACUGAUGAAAGUGAACUUGAAGGACAAGAAAGUAACGACGAAUUUAUGAUUACUGAUCAAGACUUCAUACUUGGAAAGGAUCUCGAAACUAUUUGGUGUACAACAGAAGUGAAAGGUGCAUAUAAAACUCCUCAAAAAAAUAUUGUGAAAAUAUUACCUGGACCAAAACCCAAAGCCCGCGAAGUAAAAAAUGAAGUUGAUGCUUUUCUACAAUUUUUCGAUAGAGAUAUGUUGGAAUUGAUUGUGAAAUUUACAAACAUGUACAUAGAUAAUAUUUCGCAUGAUUAUAAUAGGGAAAGAGACUGUCGACGAACUAAUUACACAGAAUUGUUGGCUUUGCUUGGUAUUUUGUAUCUUAUUGGGCUACGGAAAGAAAAUCAUGCAAAUGUUCAAGAGAUUUGGACCAGUGAUGGAACAGGUGUUAUGGUUGUGAGAGCAGCAAUGAGCUACAAACGUUUUCUGUUUUUGUUGCGGUGUAUGAGAUUUGACAAUCCAGCCACAAGGAGUGAUCGGUGUCGUAUUGAUAAGCUAGCUGCAAUCAGAACAAUUCUUGAUCCCUUUGUAAAGAAUUGUAUAGAUAGCUACAAUACAAGUGAACUAGUCACCAUAGAUGAAAUGCUUCAUCCAUUUAGAGGACGAUGCUCAUUCGUGCAAUGUAUACCAUCCAAGCCAGCAAAAUAUGGCAUCAAAAUGUUUGCUUUGUGUGAUGCCAGAACAUUUUUUUGUAAUAACUUGGAGGUUUACUGUGGUAAGCAGCCACCUGGUCCUUACGAAGUAUCUAAUAAACCAGAAGAUAUAGUAAAGAGAUUGGUUGUCCCCAUUGAAAAAUCCAACAAGAAUUUGACCACCGACAAUUGGUACACAAGUAUUCCUCUUGUUGAAGACAUGUUGGCAAAGGACAUCACAAUGAUUGGAACUUUGAAAAAGAACAAUGCUGCUAUACCCCCGUCAUUUUUGCCUAACAAGAAUCGAGUAGUGGGCACAACAGAGUUCGGGUUCAGUGAUAACAAAACUUUAGUUUCCUUUGUACCAAAGGUGAAUAAAGCAGUAAUUCUUGUUUCGUCCAUGCAUGACUCGAAAUCAAUUGAUCCAGACACUGGUAAACCGGAUAUUAUUCUGGAUUAUAAUAUGACGAAAGGUGGAGUAGACACGUGUGAAAAAAUGUGUGCUGCUUAUUCAGUGUCUCUUGUUACAAGGCGUUGGCCUCAAGCCAUUUUCUAUGUAUUGUUGAAUAUUGCCAGUAUAAAUAGCAGAGUUCUACUCUCAUUUAUCAAACCACAAGAGGCCCCAAGAAGAAGAAUAUUCCAGAAAAAUCUUGCUAUGGGCUUAUUGAAUGAGCAUCUGGCAACGAGAGCUCAAAUAAGAUCCUUGCCGAAAGAUAUAUCAGUUUACUUGGAGCAGUACAAGAGACCUGAGGAGCAAUGUAUGUACUUCAAGCUAUGUACUACUCCCAAUGAACCCCCUACCAAAAAAAGAGGAAACUGCGUGCUGUGUGGUAGACAAAAAAACUCAUCAGCUUCCAUGAAGUGUGACAAGUGCUCUUCUUUCAUGUGCAAGGAACAUUCGAAAAAGACAAUCAUUUGUUUGAGGUGUUGUGAAGAAGAAACUACCAAUUAGUGAUGAACAACCAACAUAAAAACCGGUUAGGAUUUUCUAUAUUCAAUUAUUCAUAAUCUUUUUAUAAUUAUUCACUUGUAUACAUAAGCUUUCAAUAUAAAAUAUUAUUAUAUCA